UUGCGAGGGGCGGUCCCCUCCGCGGCGCUCUGCACCAGGCCGGUGGGCUCCGGGACGCCGCCAACGACAUCUGCAAACAAAGGUGAGAGCAUAUCUAGUACUAACCUCGAGGAAGCUUCAAAACCAGCUGAAGACAUGAGGACCUUCAUGUCAAGAAAAACUGUGGUUGCAUUUCCUCAGCGCGUAGUUGUUUCCUCCCUUGAGGAAGAAAACCUCAUUACAGCUGCAACAGAAGGAGGCUUGAGGAAAGAGUUAGUUGAGGAAGAAACUUCAUCUUCAUCCAGCUCAGAUUCUAGCUCAGAUUCUGAGGAAGAAGAUGAUGAUUCAGAAGUUGCCAUUAAAACCAAAGUUGAGUUUCCUAGACGAGAUUCCAUCUUUUCUGAGAACAUAGUGGUAAAGGCAUCAAUGCUAGCAAAAGAGAACUUGUCCCAGAAAUCCCACAAAGAAUAUGUAGCUAAGAAGUCACACAAAACAGAAACCGAUGUGUCUCCUAUCAAGCACAUCGCAUUUUCUAAAACAUCAGUCAACCAUGAAACAUCAAAAUCCAAAGCAAGGGACCCCAAAGUAAAAUCAACUCCAAAAGAAGCAGAUCGGCAGAAGCUGGUCAUAGAACCACACAUGGUUGAAAGCCGAGACCUGACCGAUGUUGCUCAUAAAUCUGAUUAUUUAGAGGAAAAGUCCAUUGGAACCCAACUAGCAGCUAUUCAGCUGAAAGCUUCAUCAGUGACUCAGGAAGACAAAAAGCAAAAACUGGUAUCCAGAGGAGAAGAAAAAAAGGUGAAGGAAGCACAGGAGUCAGAAGCAAAAGUAGUAACUGCUCCUAAACUAGAAGAGAUUUCUGAAAGCACAGUGAUGGUGAUGGGCACUACAGCAAAGGAGGAGACCAUUCAGGAAGCAGGAGUCCAGACUGGAGAAAGAAGCACAACAGAGGAGCCCACAGCAGCUGCUGAGCCUGCUCCAGAAGAAUUCGAUAAUUCUACCUACAAGAACCUUCAGCAUCACGAAUAUAACAUUUAUACCUUUGUUGAUUCUGUGGUGGUUCUCUCAAAAUUCAGGCAGCCUCAACCAUCUUCUGGAAGACCAUCACCAAGGCACUGA